AUGGGAAGAUUCAAUGACCGUGCAAGGCAAUACCUUGCCGUACUUGUCCGUAUAAUCGGCGUCAAGAAGGAAAAGCCGAAACACGAUGCCGAGGUCGACACCAAGGUCGAUGCCAAAGUCGACUGCUGCACAUGCUGCCAUGGCUUCGAAGCCCAUACAGCUCCUGAACAUGAGUCGACAGUAGUGGCCAAAAAGGGAUGGAAGUAUCGCCCAAAUGCCGAGGUCCCCUGGAGACUCGAGCAGGUGGUUGAGAAGGAAGAGAACUGGCGCGGAACCUGGGUCCUGGAAGUGAAGGACCUGCGGAUGAUGGACUGGGGCACUACCCGCGUGCCCAAGGCCGAUCGUAACAGACGAGGAGGGCGGUAUCAUCGGCAGCCGACGCGCCAUCUGCUCUUUCCGGCCGAUGGGGAUGAGUACCGAGAGACGUUGACCGGAGGCCAGGACGACCUGCUGGUGCAGCUUGGGAAGCGAUAG